GUACAUUUUUGUCUGUCUUAAAUAAAAAUCAAACGAAAAAUUAAUCGUGUAAUAUGAAGAAGCAGUUGCAUCAUGAAGACAAGGACUCUCCCUCCUCAAGUUCCAGAAGCGCUUUGUCUCUUCCUCCCCCGCCUCCGAAGGACAGAUUUAGUCAGUCACAUAGAAGCUCUGAGUCUUGUUCUAGACAAGAUAAACGUGACAACCUCCCUCCCAAAUCUUCAGGGAGUCAUCAAUCAACUCGUAUUGCAGUAGAGCUGCCUAGAGAGACUAGAGCCAAUGAGCGUUAUCCUUCUAGACGCAGAGUUUCUCCUCCAGGGUUUCGUCGGUACUCUGCAACUCAUGGCUCUAGAUCCCAUUCUUAUGGUGCACAAGGGCAACCCAACUCAAGUCGGAAAAGGCCAGAGGAGUCUGAUUAUGGCUCUUCUCACCACUCGGACGAGCAAAGAUCUAGAUACUUCUCUAGUAGCUCUCGAGGCAAUGCAGGAAGUAAGGAGUACUCCCUCCAAAGAGAUACUUCUUUGCAGGCCAGGGCUAUCCCUACCUCCAGUCGCUCUAGGCGACACAUUGAAGAAGAAAGGUCUGGUAGGGCUUCUCUCCCGCCUCCUAGUUCCAAGCCUCCAUUUAGGCGAAGUCCUUCAACAUCUUUUGGAAGGAGAGAAGAUUGUCCACUGGUGGCAAAAGAAAGGGAGAAGACUGCUCUCCCAAUGUUGUUUACAGAGGAAAGCUUGAAGGCAAUCGUCUCCUCACCAUCAAGCGAUCCUCUAGACAGUCCUGGCCUGAUGCUCAACAGUUUGUAAAUCUUGUUUGACGAAGAAGGUGAUCUUCGUCUAUCAACUCUUGGUCUUAUGAAGAAUAGUAGAGACGGAAAAAGCUAUAGUACUAACUUAGCUUAUACUCCACCCGAGUUUUUACGAACAGGUAGAGUGAUCCCUAAAAGUGUGAUAUACAGUUAUGGAACUAUUCUUUUAGAUAUUUUGAGUGGCAAACACAUUCCACCAAGUCAUGCUCUUGAUAUAAUAAGAGGGAAAAACGUGUUGCUACUUAUGGAUUCAUCACUUGAAGGGAAAUAUGCAAACAAAGACGCGACUAAACUUGUUGAUCUUGCAUCAAAAUGUCUUCAGUCUGAGGCGAAAGAUCGGCCCGAUACCAAAUUCCUUCUCUCUUCAGUGGCACCACUACAAAAGCAGAAAGAGGAGAUGCUCAACACAAAGAAGUUUAGAGACAUUGCUUUCAGAGACAAGGACUUCAAUAAGGCGAUUGAAUGUUAUUCAAAGUUGGUGGUGAUGAUGCCUAUUCCAUCUGCGACGGUUUUCGCAAGACGGGCAUUUUCCUACUUAAUGAAGGAUCAACAGGAGCUUGCGCUAAGAGACGCAAUGCAAGCUCAAGUUUGCAUACCGGAGUGGUCUACUGCGUUUUAUAUGCAGGCUUUAGCGCUUUCGAAGCGUGGAGACCGAUGCUAAUGAUAUGCUUAAUGAUGGUGCUGCAUUUGAGGCUAAGCAACAACAACAGAACAGUUGGCGUUGUUGAAAGAAGAAACAGAGAGAAAACAGAGUCCAGAAUAUUUUGUGGGGUCCUUUUCAGAAACAAAGUUAUUGUAAGAGUGAAACAGAAGAAAUUGAAUUGCUAUAGUGAAUUGGAGUUUUCGUUACAUAUAUGAAGAAAUAAAUAUGAUUUUGAUUG